AUGAUAACGAAUUCAACAGGAUUGCACUUGGAGCUCUAUUGAGUCAUUAUGGAGUUUUGUUUGAAGAGUCUUGUACUGGAAUGAGCUGCAAAGAAGGUAAAAGAAGUUAGUAAAAAAGAAGCCAUUCAAAUUAGUGAUAAUGGAUGGAAGUAUACCAGCUCAACGAUAGAGCGCUACAAAAAUAAUUCAUCAGCUCUACUACGAAGGCAAAUUGAGAGCUUGCCUAGUAUUAUUGGACACAUAGCAUUUGGCUAA